ACAGGAGAGAGACCUGACUAUCAGGGAUCAUCUGGAGAGCCUCAACAACAUCAUGAAGCUGACGAGGCAGAUGAGAGUCCCCCCAGAUCAGAACACCUCAAGAAACACCAGCGGAAACCCACAAGGAAGAAAUCUCACCACUGCUCUGACUGUGGGAAGAGAUUCACCUCUUCAGCAGACCUUAAAAGACAUCAGAGAAUCCACACGGGAGAGAAACCGAAUAGCUGUACUCAAUGUGGGAAGAGUUUUAGUGUUACAAGCAGCCUGAAAGCACACCAGAAAACACACACAAGAGAGAAAUCUUAUAGUUGUGAUCAAUGUGGGAAGAGUUUUGUUACAUCUAGCAUUCUGACUACACACCAGAGAACACACACAGGAGAGAAACCUUAUAGCUGUGAUCGGUGUGGGAAGAGUUUUACUACAUCUAACCAGCUGACUAUACACCAGAGAAUACACACAGGAGAGAAACCUUACCACUGCUCUGACUGUGGAACAAGUUUUGUUUCUUCCCAAUAUUUAAAAUCACACAAGAGAACACACACAAUAGCGAAACCUUACCACUGCUCUGACUGUGGAAGGAGUUUUGUUUCUUCACAAUAUUUAAAAUCACACCAGAAAACACACACAGGAGAGAAGCCUUAUAGCUGUGAUCAAUGUGGGAAGAGAUUUAGUCACUCAAGCAACCUGAUGGUGCAUUUGAGAACGCACACUGGAGAGAAACCUUAUUGCUGUGAUCAAUGUGGCAAGAGUUUUACUUCAUUUAGCCAGCUGACUAUACACCAGAGAACACACACAGGAGAGAAACCUUACCACUGCUCUGACUGUGGAAAGAGUUUUGUUUCGUCCCAAAAUUUAAAAUCACACCAGAAAACACACACAGGAGAGAAAUCUUAUAGCUGUGAUCAAUGUGGGAGGAGUUUUACUCACUCAAGGAACAUGAUAUCACACCAGAGAACACACACAGGAUAGAAAUCUUGUGUCUAUAAUCAAUGCAAGUUCGAAUCCCAGAGCUGACAUGGUACAAAUCUGUCAUUCUGCCCCUGAAAAGGCAAUUAACUCACUGUUCCUAGGCCGUCAUUGAAAAUAAGAAUUUAUUCAUAACUGGCUUGCCUAGUUAAAUAAAGGUGAAAUUAAAUACACGUUUUGAAAGAGUUUUACUCAGGCAAACAUCCUGAUAGCCCACCAGAGAACACACACAGGAGAGAAACCUCAUAGCUGUGAUCAAUGUGGGAAGGGAGACUCUGAUAAAAGAUCUCUGAUUAAACAUCAGAAAAUACAUGGAGUUGUUUCAUGAUAUCAAUGAAAUGAUGUCACAAUGUAGAAUGUUUUAACAUUGUAGUAGGAGUGUUCUAAUGAUGUCAUAAUGUAGAAUGCUUUAACAUUGUAGUAUGAGUAUUCUAAUGAUGUCAUAAUGUAGAAUGCUUUAACAUUGUAGUAGGAGUGUUCUAAUGAUGUCAUAAUGUAGAAUGCUUUAACAUUGUAGUAUGAGUAUUCUAAUGAUGUCAUAAUGUAGAACCCUAAAUGUUUGCCCCCUGUUCUGUUGAUUUCAGCAUGAUAUGGAUAUUAGCCUCAUUGAGAAAAGCACAGGCUCUGAAUUGAAAGAGUAGUAUUUAUAUGAUUAACAUAAACGCAAAUAAAGUGUUGCGUUUCAUUUCCCGCGUUACUUGAAUCAAACUGACACACUUUAAAAUGUAGCUAGCUGUUUUCUACAAAUUAACCUCUAAACAGUGAUGUUCACAUUAUUCCCACAUUCCGUGUGUUGUUUGAGCUGUUUUAACAGGACAUGAAACCUCAUCUCUCCCCUCUCGCGCAAUUGAUUUCAACGUGAUAUCGAUAUGAGUGAUGCUGAAUAGGUGUUGCGUUUCUCUUAGUUUUGGGGACCCCUAAAUUUAAAUGCAUCACUCCAAAAUGUAGCUGACUGUCUUCUGCAGGUUGUCCUCUAACCAGUGAGGUAAAAGAUAUCUCCCAUUUCCAUGUGUUUGUUUAAGUUGUGUUAGUUUCAACAGCACUUACAACCUGAUUUCCCCCCCUAAUUGAUAUCAGUGAUGUAUUUGCUACUUGUCAAAACAACAGCGUUGUUGGUACUUGUGCAGUUUAUAAGGUGCUCGUUUAAAAAAAAAUACAAGAGAUGUGAUUAACAUGUGAAACAUGUUUGUUUCGAUAGUAAAUGUUAUGUUUUAGUUUCAAUGUAUCACAAACUGUUUCUGCAUAUUGGUUAUUGUUUUUUACACGUUAAAUUUGUUUCAAAAUGUUGUUGAAAAGACGUUGAAAAUAAGACUAUGCCCGACGUCCAAUCUACGUUCGGUUUUGGUUGAAAGUCGAAAAAACUGUUUUCAGGUGAUCGUUUCAAUGAAAACAAAACAACUCCAUAUCAACGUACUUGCUGCCUAUACAUAUGGAUGCAGUAUA